AUGUCCUGCGGCGACCUCUUCCUCGGCCUCAUCGCCAUCUUAUUCCCUCCUAUUGCAGUAUGGAUUAAAUCGGGCCUCUGUUCCCUCGACUCCCUGAUCAACAUCCUCCUCUGCAUGUUGGGCUAUCUCCCGGGCCUCCUGCACGCGUGGUACAUCAUCGCCCGCCACCCCGAGCGCGACUACGACUAUGAAGUGCUGCCUGACGCGGAACGCCAAGGCGGCGGCCAGCACGGCCAGCACGGCGGCCGAGUCACAUAUUAUUAUAUCCGGCAUGAACCGCGACGAGAUUACGGCACGCAAGGCCAGCGACACAAUCGACCGGCUCCGCCUCCGCCAAGUGCUCAGGGGAGUAACCGACCGGCUCCGCCGCCCCCAUCAGGCAAUGGCAGCCAGCAGGCGCCUCAGGGCCCGAGCGUCGGUGCAGGGAGUGACGAGCCUGGCGCGCCGCCGAGCUAUUCAGAGGUUGUGAGGGGGGAUAAUAAGAUCCAGACGCAGGAGUAA